UCUUGCUCUCAGGGUGGGGAGUUCCAGCCCUGCACUGGGCUCCCUGCUGGGCUUGGAGCCUAGUUUAAAAAAAAAUUUACAAUUUCUGGGAACCUCGGGUCCAUUGCUUGCCUGAAGUCAAACCACCUUAAAGACCCGGGUCACAGUAAGUGAAUUCAUUGCCUAGAGGCCAACUUCACCUGGCGGAUCCUCACCGGAGAGCGUGAGGUAGAGCGUAAGCUUCGGUGAAGUGGCUGCUCAUAGAGACCAGGAGGUUAUCUGUCACCGCGGCCCUCCCCGCAUGCUCACCCCAAGUGAGACACCCCAGAGACUGUGCCACUAGAAGUCACCUUCACACACCUUGGAGGAUCUAUAGGAGGGAAUCCAGAUAAGCACAUGGAAAUUAGAGACGGAGAGAGAGGUCGGCGUAAGGGGCUGGGAGUGGCUGGAAGGGAAAGAGGGCAGACUGUUCUGCAAAAAGCGUAUAUAAGAGAGGAGAGGAAACACCCCACUUUCAAGCACAGGGAUCAGCGCACGGGACCCUUGGACAGGACGAGAGAGGCAGAUGGCCUGGUUCAGCCUCCACCUGCUGCACCUCCUGUGGGCGGCGGCGGGGACCAGCACCUGGGCCCGAAGCUCCUGCUCCGUUCCCCAGGCGGCGCAGCACCUGGUGGAUGGCUUGCAGGUGCUCCUGGAGGACUCCGUGAGCAGCGCGGCGCCCCCGAACCCCAGCGUCCUGAUCGCCAUGAACCUGGCCGGGGCCCUCAGCGCGGAGGCCCGCGAGCUGCUGGCCGACAGGCUCGGGGCCAGCGACUCGGCGGGGCUGAGCGUCGGCCAGCUGGCCCUCACCAUCAUGGCCCUCAACUCCUCCUGCCGAGACCCUGGGAAUAAAGUGUCGGUUCUAUAUGGACAGAUGGAAGCCUGGCCACCCUCGAGCCCCAGUGCUCCGGCUUGGACCUUCUACGGGCCCAGCCUGGCGGUGCUCGCCCUGUGCCAGGAGCACCCGGGGAGGGCCCUGCCCGUGGCAGCCCGCCUGGCCAAGAUCCUGGCAGCCGGCCUCUCCCCCUUCAACACGGACACAGGAGCCAUGGUGACUUUGGCUCUGACUUGUAUGUACAACAAGAUCCCGGAAGGUUCAGAGGAAGGUUACAGAACUCUGUUCAGUCAGGUACUAAAGGAUGUCGUGGAGAACAUCAGCAUGAGGAUCAAAGACAACGGCAUCAUCGGAGACGUCUACAGCACCGGCCUCGCCAUGCAGGCUCUCUCUGUGACACCUGAGCCACCUAACAAGGAGUGGGACUGCAAGAAGACCAUGGACACGAUACUUAAGGAGAUUGAGCAGGGGAAGUUCCACAAUCCCAUGUCCAUUGCCCAAAUCCUUCCUUCCCUGAAAGGCAAGACAUACCUGGAUGUGCCCUAUGUGUCCUGCAGCCCUGGUCAUCAAGUGCAACCCACUCUCCCCAGUCAACCCAGCCCCAUUCCCACCUCGGCAUCCAACAUCACCGUCGCGUACACCAUAAAUAACCAGCUGAAGGGGGUGGAGCUGGUCUUCAAUGAAACCAUCGAUGUUAGCGUGAAGGAUGGAUCCGUGCUCCUCGUUGUCCUAGAGGAAGCACAACGCAGAAAUCCCAUGUUCAAAUUUGUAACCACGAUGACAUCCUGGGGCCUUGUCGUGUCCUCUAUCAACAAUAUUGCUGAAAGUGUCCAUGACAGGACAUACUGGCAAUUCCUGAGUGGCAAAACACCUUUGAAUGAAGGAGUUGCCGACUACACCCCCCGCGACCAUGAGCACAUCACGGCCAACUUCACGCAGUACUGAGGCCGAGGUGGGUCCCGUGCUCUCAGACGUCCCCAAAGGAUGGUGGAGCCUUGGUUCACUUUAUGCCAAAUCUAUGCCAAAAAGUGGGUUAUCUACGAUGCGACCAUAUUCCUAAUAAAAACAUGGAAAUCACUGUGUAGAAUAAACGAUUCAAACUGCCUG